AUGUCCAUGACACCAGGUUCGAAAUCCAGAUCGUCCACCCCCACUGUGUUCGAACAGCAGCGGGGGGAACUGGUGAGAGAAAUCGCCGUGGGAAUGGAACAAGUUCUGCAAAACAUCAACCGAUUGAACCGAAAUCUAGAAAGUAUUGUUGCAGUGGGUAAUGAGUUUAGCUCCGUUGAGGCUCUCUGGUCUCAAUUUGAGAACUUUAUGGGGCGACCAGAGGAGAAGGCGGAAAGUGGUGUGAAGGAGAAAGAGGAGCCUCGUGAAGACCAGAGCGAGCUGCAUGAGCACGAUCUCGCCGAUGAGAGGAGCGAGUUAGACGGUUAA